AACUACAGAUUUUAUGCUUUAUUCUAUAUUGUUAUGCUCUUCAUCUCCAGUUGAUGGCGAGUAAGCAGAGGAUGGACUAUUAGACGUCAUUACCACUCCCAGUCUGCUCCGACCUUCCCCUUCUCCGCUCAGUGUUGACGGCGCAUAUUGAUGGAGCCGAGUUGCGGAGAGGGGGUGCGCGGAGGGAAAACAGCUUCAAUUCAUUUGGAAAUGUGGAAUCGGGAAUAAAACUAUCUUGGAAUACGAUAUUUAUUUUUGGCGCCUUUGGAUCUAUGUGGUCUGACUUUUGUUUUCAGGGAUUCGAUUUUUUUGCAAACGUUUUACAACUUUUUCAGUCAAACGAAAUAACUUUGAUUCUGAGUCAAAACCCCUUUUCUUUAAUGUUUUGAUAUGUAAACCAUUGGAUGGCGGCUGUUUUCGCGUAGCGUCAUGUUCUUCCCUCGGUUUGAAGUGGACAAUGAAGUUAUGGGAUAGCCUGACCACUUGUUUGUUUCUGCUGAGCUCCGUGCACACGAGCCCCCGGACACAACCGCGCCGACCACCGCCGUCCACCUCAGAUCCCCCCGAGAGACCCCUCGAAACGCCGCCAGUUAAGAUCCGAUUAUCAAUAAAUCCAGCUGCCAACACCCGAGUCUUCACGGACCGAGACGAUCUAGAAAGGAUGGCAGAUACUGAACAAAGCGCGGUGGAGGAGCGCCUGGCAGAGUGUCUGGACGGUGCCGUGGACGCCGUCCGAGUGACUGUCAGCAGAAAGCCCCGCUCUGCCUCUCAGUCUGCCUCUCCUUCUCCUUCCCCUUCGUCCUCCCCCUCCACCCCCCCGCCCAACGCCAGGGUCAACCUGAGCUCCAGGGCUCGCCACAGAAGGGGGAGGAAGACGGCAGUGAGUGAGAGGAGCAGUAGGGGAGGAAGAGGAGGAGGAGGAGGAGGAGGAGCUAAAGGGGCCAGGAGGAGGAAUGGGAAAAGAGGAAGAGGGGGACAGGGCUGCAUGCUGAAGCAGAUCCAUCUCAACGUGACAGACCUGGGUCUGGGCUACCAGUCCGAGGAGGAGAUGAUAUUCAGGUACUGCUCUGGGCCGUGUCGGAAGUCCGAGACAAACUAUGACAAGAUCCUUCACAACAUCGCUCACGACAGGAGGCUGGGCGCCAGAGACGCGCCCCCCAACCCCUGCUGCCGCCCAAUAGCAUUCGACGAUAACCUAUCCUUUCUGGACGACAACCUGGUGUACCACACCAUACGGAAGCACUCUGCCAGGAAGUGCGGUUGCGUGUAGCACGGGGACCUCCAGACCUGCUCCAGCCUUCACUGGGUCCUGCUGCGAGCCAGGUCUCUCUGCUUCCCUCUGUCUCAUGUUCUCAAGAGUUUUAAUUGAUCACGUCGUCAGGAAACACUCUGCUAGAGCUGUGUGUGUGUGUGUGUGUGUGUGUGUGUGUGUGUGUGUGUGUGUGUGUGUGUGUGUGUGUGUGUGUGUGUGUGUGUGUGUGUGUGUGUGUGUGUGUGUGUGUUAGUGAUGCUUAGGAACGCAAGAGACAAUAAAGAUAAACGAGGCCCAAAUGGAGUGUGCCUCAAUAUGGCAGAGUUGGGACCCUUUAAAAGCUCUGUGCUGGCUCCUCAACAUCACUCUGAUGCUUCUGUUAUCUCUCUGGUGGUUCUGCCAGAUUCAACCUCAUCCAUUCCUACAGUGUAAACAAUCUAUGUCCAACUUCAAAUGUGUUCACUUAUGAAAAGGAUUCUCAAACUCUUAAGUAACUUAUUGUUAUUUAUUAUUUCUUGUAUAAAAUGAGUAAAAAUAAUGAAAUAAACUAUUUAUUGUUAUUGUUGGAAGUUAUAUAAUGGAGUAUGCCAACGAUUUAAUUAAAAUAGGCAAGAUUAUUUGCAAAGUGAUGAAGAACGCAAAAUAUCACACAGUAGACUAGUAAUGGUGUUUAAAUGCACAGAAAUAUAGCUGACAGAAUGCUUUAACCGUUUACAUGUUCCUUGAUUGCCUGACUGUUGGAAAUAUAUUUACUUGUUUGGUCUUUUUGUGAGUGUUAAGCAUUUUUUAUGUUGACAUUUCAUUAUUUGUAACCAAACGUGUAUUCUUGCUCCAAAACAUGCCUUUAUUUUUCUACCACGUUAUAAUUAUGAUAUCAUUAUUAUUUUACCAUAUUAAU